GAGGAGAAGGAGAGGAGGAGGAGGCGGAGAAGGAGGAGGAGGAGGAAGAGGAGGAGGAAGAGGAGGAGGAGGAGGAGGAGGAGGGUUAACUCUCAGAAAUUUGCCUUUUUUGAUACUCUCAACCCAGGCUGGGAUCUCGUAGAGUCGUUAGGGCGAGAAGCUGGUAUCGAUCACUGGGAAAACCGACUGUAUGUGGCGCCCCGGACUGGCGCAUGCGUGGAGACCACCCCUCACGCCUGGUUCUUUGUAAGUUUCCCCUCGAAGAGCCGUCAGUCGCGCUGGGCCGGUGUAAGGGGAUGAGUAGGCGUGCAACACCCUCCGUCUCUGCUGCGCCCUCGACUCCCUCAUAACCCGGUUUUCACAUUAUUUAUUACCCUUUUCCACCCCCCCCCCCGUGUAAGGGUAGCGGAGGGCAGCGAGGAGAGGUCAUACUGCACAGAUAAAGUUCCCCAAAAUAAAACAGUAACCAUCACAUCCCCAAAAUAAAUCAGUCACCCACCAGCAGGAACACGAGGGGAACAGAAAACGAAGAGUCAACAGAAAGUAAGCAAACCCAGAAACCCAGAUACGUGUAUGCUAAAGUGACCUCUACAGUCCCUACACAAAGACGCGACAUUACCAUCAUAACACCACCAGCAGGAGACCAGGAGACGUCUAGUGAGCAUAAUAUUAACCACAGUAACUCGUGAAUGGGAGCAUAAUAGUGAUCGAAGGAAGGAUUGAGUUGAAUGUAUGAUAAUUGAAAGUACGAUAGUAACAUCACGCUAAAGAACACGAAAAAUAAGAUAAACACGCGAAAAAAAGACUGGAUAUUAGAAUUACAAGGAAGGAAGAGGAAGAAGAAAGGAAACACGUAUUUGUGAUAUUAUAUUACAGGAAAAGAAAGAAAGAAGACGAAAAAAAGAUUUUGUGAUAUCAAAUUACAGGAAAAGAGGAGACAAAAAAAGACGUAUUUAUGAUAUAUUCCAGGGAAAACACAGGAAGAAAACGGAAAUACAGGACUUUGUAACAUUAUACGAAAGGAAAGCCAGAAAAAAAGGAGGCAAAUAAGAACUUUGUGACACUAAAUUACAGAAAGGAAAAAAAGAAAAAGAAAAGAAUAAGUGUGGUAUUUGAGUGAACAGAUACAACAAGACGACUCAGUGAUUCCAGAAGUUCAAGGUACGACAACAGUGCUGUGCCGCAUGACGCUGGUCAUGGAGCACGCCACCACCACCGCGCUGCCAGUCGUGUGGGGAAGCGGCUCACCCACGCCCACUGCUGCCUGCCCUGAAUGACUGCCUGCGCGCCCGCACCCACACCCGCAUCCACACCCACGCUCAAUCCUGACCCUCACAUCCUUUAUCCCUACAAAGCCUCACUGAACCCUUCUCAAAGCCUCGCUCCCUGUUUCGAAGUCCCGUUCAGGUCUCGUAAAGAAAACGGGCCGCGGUCUCGGUCUAACUCAGCUUAUGUCUUUCAAAACACAAAAUCCUUCUAUUGUACCCCGAAAAAUUAACCCGCCAUGACUUUCAGCUGAGGAAUGUGGCAUUAUUUUUAGUUAGUUUUCAUACCCUUACACAACUGCCACUACCCAUCAUUCUCUGCCUUAAAGAACGAGUGGUUGCUUCCAUAACUCAAGUGGCUCCAAGUCCCGCCUUAGGAUCAUCAUUUAUCUCGGGGUGCGGAGCCAGCACGUGAAGGAGGCGCCACUCAAACCUACAUUAAAAGCUCAUUAAAACUGUGAGCCGCGCCGGGCCUUUAUUUCUACCCGGGCUACCCAACAUAAGGGGAAAAACUCGAGGGGAAGAAUAACAAUAGAUCAAGCUGCCAACUGUGACUGUUCCGGGAGCGGCAUAGGAAGGAUCAUAAUAGUAAUAGUCAUUCACGAAGAUCCAUUUCUUGCUGAGUAGAGUGUAUUUAUUUUGCUCCUUAGGCAGUGAGGAAAUAACGUAGAGAAAUAAACACGAGUGCUUUAACAAGAACAUAAAACUAAUGACAAAACAAGUAAACAAACAAACAAGUAAAGAUAACAAGUAAUGGAUACGCCAAAACACUAAAAAAAAGGCGAUAAAUCAACAGACAAAAACUGUCUGCUGGAGCUGCAACAUCAGGCAGAGAGGCUGGCAUUACCGACAGACAGACAAACAGAGACGGAUAGACAGACGGACCAUCCCAAUGCCAUAGUCCCACUCGUUACUUCAACCUCCCAUUUUCUUUAAGACUCCGGGAAGACUAGAGGUAAAACACGAGCAUUAGAUUUUUAUGUGGGGGACGCCUUAGCAGCCUUGGCCCUGGGAACGCCGCGCCGUUAAGGGAACAAUAGCCGCAGCCACUCAGGCCCUGCAGACCCCUGUCGGCCUUACAGAUUAACGUGGCAUCGUCUUCCUUCUUUACAUUGAUUCACGAGGCACGCCCUAGCCAUGGCCCUCCCUGACCCCUGAGUGCCCUCCCCUGGCCUGCCCUACCGAGGCUGUCUGCUCAGGGGUGUUCCAGGGUGCGGGCGCGGGGCGUGGGGACUCCCAGACACCAUGACGCCCCGGGGGAACACCUCGGGCUCCAUCAAAGGGUAUCUUGACGUGAAGAUCCCAGCCAGGAAGAGAAGGAGCAUUUCGCUGUUUCGGCAACAUGUGAUGAAAGUUCAGGUGUGGAAGAGGCGGUGCUGGGUUGUGGUGCGAGGCGACCGCUCCCCAGAGGACGCCGCCACGAGGACCAACCAGCUCAGCCUCAGCGUGGAAAUCUACACGAGGCACGAGGGCUCCGCUGACCACCCCACUGAGGGCACCAUCCUACACCUCGAUCUCGUGCACAGGAUACGAAGAGCGAAAUCGAAGUCACACCCUUAUGCCUUCGAGGUGUGCGGGCGGCGAGGCGAGGCGCUGCUGUACCUGAGCGGCCAGAGCGAGACAGAGACACAGAAAUGGAUGGCAGAGAUAAGGAACAUUCUGUGGCCCCCGACCCACCUGGAGGCCAUCAGCAGAGCACACGGCAGCACGUGGGAGGUGAGCGCCAUCAGUGUGGGGGACGCAGGGGCGGACUGGACGAGUCUGGCGGGGCUGUAUGGCAGACUCGCGGUGAGGGAAGCCAACUUACUCAUCAAGGACACGCACAAUGGCACGACCCGGGUGGAGUGGCCGCUCACGUCAGUCCAGCGCGUGUGUGUGGCGACGGGCGGCGAGGUGGAGGACGAAGGGAAGAUCUUUAUUGUGCAGACACGACAGUCCCACCCGUGCGGCGAGGCCUACCUCUACUUCUUCUCGCCGGAGCUCAGCGCCCUGUUGGAGGGCCUGCACGAGGCUGUCUCCGAACUCAUAUCCGCCUCGGCCGCCGACAAUGUGUCCCUCAUCAGUGACCUGUCGGAGCUGUCGGGCGCCCUCAGCUCAGUGGUGGUGCUGCCGCCACGCCUGCCGGACCCCCCGAAGAUGCGCAAGGCCACCUCCGUCAUGGACCUGGCACAGAUCCACGAGCUGCAGCCGCUGUGCAAUGUGCACACGCCGCCGCGGCUCAGCAGCAGCCAGUGCAAUCUCGCCGAGGAGCCGCGGGGGGAGCCGCCCCUGCCGGGCCGCCUGCUGGGGCACUCCCGCCGCAGAUCCAUGAGCGAGACUAACCUGGCCAAGCUGUGCCUCGACGAGACCGACGAGGAGCUCGAGUCUCGCGACGAUGACCUGGAGGACGCCGACCUGCGCCAGACUGACCUGCCCAAGGACCGCACCUCCUCCUCGGGCUCCUACAACUCCUACCGCUCCACAGACUCCGGCGUGCGGCUCUCCGCCUCGCCCUCCACGCACUGUGACGGUGGCCGCUACAUGUCUGAGAACGCCACGCGGCGCUUCGUCACCAAGUCAGACUCGCUGGACUCAGGCGUGCGGGCGUGCGUGAAGGAGGACGCGCGGACUGAGGCCACAGCUGAGGGCGACGACAACAAAAAGGACGCCACGUCCGGGGACGGUAAAUCUGAGAGCUCGUCACGGCGCGGCAUGGGCGCCCUAGAGGAGGAGCCUGACGUAGACACCAAGGUAGGGGCGUGGUGCCUGCAGAGUGCCCGCGCCAGGAGGACAUUCUUCACCAAGAACCUGAACGUGGCCUGCGCCAACUACAAGGACCGCAAGGCAGUGCGGCAGCUCAACAGGACAAUGUCCGAGUCGUACAAGGAGGUGGUGGACAAGCACGACGACUACCGUCGCAUGUCCGAGCUGCCUCCUGUCGCCAAAACAUGCACCGUGUACGAGGAAAUCGUGGACGUGCUCAAACCGCUGAGCGCCGCCUCGCAGCAGGCCAAGGAGCACGACUACGAGGAGUUGGACAAGUGUCGCCGAGACAUCAAGCGCAGCUACAGCUUCCAGGAGAAGUCCAAGCCCCCGCCGCUGCCGCCCCGGCGACCCAAGUCCUUCUCGCCUGACCCCUGGGCCGAGGAGGCCAUGACCAAGUCCGGCACGCUCAGAAAGAUCUUCGGCCUCUCCUUCCACAGUAAGUCCCACUCCACGGACAGCAUGCUGGACGUGGAGGCCUCAGGCUACGACGAUAUCACCACGCUGGGCAGCGCCGACGUGGCGCUGGUGCAGGCCAUCGGCACGCUGCCUAGAGUCAGGAAAAAAAUCGGUGCUGAGCGUCAGACAAGCAGGUCGGCGUCCCCCAAGAUGUCCCCCAAGCAGAAGGCGAGGUCCCUAUUCGGGGUGUCCCCCAGCAGGUCCCCCAUGAUUCCGCGUCCCAAACACCUGUUCCUGUUCAAGGGGUCGGCGCGCGAGGAGCUGCAGGUGUCGCCACACACCAAGCCGCCCUUCAAGCUCCACAGACAGUUCUCGCUGCAGGCUCAGCGAACACCCAGUACGGACGGAUCUCUGGCGGACAUUUCCACCCCUGAGACACCACAGACACAGCAGCAACAGCAGCAGCAACAGCAGCAGAGUUCGACUCAUCGGCAGUACUGGCGGCCGGAGUCAGCAGGUGGAAGCACGGGACAAGGAACGGAUGGUACGGUGAGCGACGACGCCAGCGGCACCGCCUCCAAGGAUUCCUACGCCUUCCUCAAGUCUCCAAAACUGAUGACGAAAACCUUCAGUUUCUUGAAGAAGUUCCCAAAAGAAAAGUCUGGCUCGCUGGAGCGUCAACGAAAGUCUGGCAUCAACUUCGUGCCUCCCCAGGAUCCGCUCACCAAGUUCCCGAACAGCUACUCCAUGGACAGCUUCGCCGUGGAGAAGGGCGCUCAGAGCUGCGGCACGCCCUCCAGGGACCCCGAGGCAGACUGGGGCGACGGGGACGUAUUGCCGGGAUGUCGCCUCCGCUCAAUGUCCUAUCUCCCGCCUGCCUCCCCCGCCAUCAGGAUCCCCUUCCACUCCCACCACGACUCCACCUCCACCACCCCCGCCGGCACCCCCACCGGUCACUCCUUCAGUCCUCUGCGCAAGAUGAGUUCCCCGCAGCCCCCGUCCGAAGCCCACGGGAGCUGCUGGAGUGAGUGCGAGUCUCACCUGGCGCCAGGCGGCCACUCACUCCCUCCCCGCGAGCCGCCGCCGCCCCCCGCGCCCCACGAGCCACACUACGCCAACCUGCCGCACCACGACCCAGACUACAUGUCCAUGGAGGAGGUGCGGGGCGCCUUCAGGAGGAUCUCCAACGCCUCAGCCACCGAGGGGCGUCGAGACAGCGGCGGCUACCUUUCAAUGGGUGAGAUCCGGUUAUUCCAGCGGCCUUGUGAGGCUCCGGAGUGCCCCGGCUGCUCCAUCUCCCAGCACGACUGCCCGCCGGAGCCGCAGCCGCAGCCCCCCGAGGAGCACGAGUACAUGACGAUGGACGACAUCCAGUCUGUACUGCACACGGAGUUCCCGGGGAUCUACUCCACUUCCGAGGAGGAGAAGGACAUGUACAAGAGCUGUGGCUUUAAGAGCGCCCCGAGCAGCCGCAAGACCUCCUACUGCGAGGGCUCCGACUACCUGACGCCACAGGAGGUCGGGCGCAUGAUCCGGCGGGAGGUGCUGGCCGUGAGGCGGGGCCGGGAGGGCACCAGUGAGCUAUCGCACCACCUCCACCACCACCAGCACCAGCAUCCCCAGCACCUCACCACCGCCCACCACUAUGACCCCCACCACCACCACCACCUCCACCACCACCUCCACCCGCAACAACAGCAGCAGCAACAACAGCAGCAGCAGCAACAGUCGCAGCAGCAGGACCCUUCCCAACACAAGCAAUUCCACCACCACCACCACUAACACCACCCUCAUCACCACCUAUCCCUGUAACCUUUCCUCACACCCUCACGCCCUCACCACCAACACUACUACUAUCCACACAACGCCCUCGUCACUGCCACUGACACCCCACACCUCACCACACACCCACACAGACACACGCAUACACACACACGCCAGAGACACAAGGAGGCGAUGAUGUCCCUCUCAAUUGACGCUCUUUUUACGCCUUACUGGACCACUACGCUCACCACUACGCAUUCAGCGCUUUUUUAUAUGCAUAUAGAGAGUCCCCACGGGUGUAAGUAUCCCCUCUUCUAUAGAUCCCUAACGCAGUGUGCUUAAUAUGAGAAAGUUAGAGAGAAAACGAGAGGUGAAAGAGAGAAAAAGAUGUGGUGCACGUGCAUUUAGAAGUCGUAUAUAAGGAAUCGUGUAAGUGGACUUUUACUGUGUGUGGACGCCGAGGGUCAUGGAUGUGUUAUGGUUGUACAGUUACAACGUUUUCUAACCUUCAGUAAGAGCAACAAGGAGAAGGUGAACUCGAAGGUGCCAAAUAUUCGACCUAAGUCUUCGAUUUCUCUUCCUCGCCCCUCAUCCCUCCCUCACCCAGCCCUCCGCCCUCAUCCUCCCGUCCCUCCUGCCUUUCUUUCGGGACAAGACUCAAAAUUUAAUAGUUGUUCCCCCCGUUAACCAUUCCCUGCCCCUUCCUAGCCCAGUCUCCUUCCCAUCCCCCACCACAACCCUCACCUCAGCUCAAAAAUACGAACUGUGUUUAGUCAUUUGUAAACUUGUAGAGCCUGUCUCCUGUCUUCCUUCAUUUGUUUUUUGUGUUCGUGAGUGGACCCGUGAGUGCUUCGUCGACUCAGUGAAGCCCGGAUCGAACCCAAGUGAACCACUGGAAUGAACCAGAGUUAAACACGGCAACGGAUGCUUCGGAAAGCGGCUUUGGGGGAACACGGCUCAGGUGAAAUAAGUGCAGACCGCCAAUGAAGCUUGGAAGUAAAGCAGAAGCGAGAAUGAACGAGCCAGGAGAGAACAUCACCAAGGAGAGCCACAAAGGAGAGCCGCGUGGUGCCAUCCAGCAGCAAGACAGAACACCAAAACAGGAGAACAUCAUCCCUGUGUUUGUUCAUUAAGUUAACUGAUUUAUAACGGAAACAUACUGACCUGACCUUACCGGAGAGAGAGAGAGAGAGAGAGAGAGAGAGAAAUUCUUACCGUUCUCCAUUCUUUCCUUCCCUUUGGUUCAAUAAUCUAUAUAUUUUCUUUAUACUCGCUUACAAACAGUCUCUUUAACCGUACGACAAUUAUUCGAGACAGGUACGAUGGAGGAGCAAGAGCUGGAUAGAGAGAGGCGGGAGAGGGUGCGUUUGUCUUAAGCGUACCAUACCACUUUUUCACUCCACCCGUGUCAAUCUUACGGACACUUUAUAGAUGUUAUCGUAUAUAAGAAAGCACAUUGACGUACACACAAACCAUAAGUGUACGUGUGAUUGUGUACGUGUGCCAGAUAACCCACAUGAAGACGAUUGUGAUGCUCUAACACCAUCCACUUCAUAGGAUUACACAGCAACUCGCACCCAUAACGGCAACCCCGUGUACAACAAUACUUCGCUGGGAGGUACGAUACAGGUCCAUAUUCCUACACGUUUCUGCGUCUGGUGGAGGUUAUUUGGGUCCUCAAGGGUGUUUUCAUGAUAAUAAUGACCGUUUAAUAUGUCACGUAGCAUUAAAGGCAAAAAAAAACACCCAUAAUAACCCAUCUAAUCAUCUCUAGGCUCUCUAUGAACAGUGCCGAAGAGAGAACAAGGUGCACAUAUAUACGGGACGCAGUGCGGGACUCCAGUGGCAGAGAAGUACUGCCACCGCAACACAUUCCCUUACGUUUGAUGUGUCCUAUUAAUCUACGUUCUAGUUUUCCAAUGUGUAGCAACAAUAAGUGUUAAUCAUGGACACUGAUGGGUGUUUCCUCGUUUCCCUUCCCCCUCGCCGAGCUGCCAGGUGUACGAUAAUUCUCAGAGGUGUACGAGAGCGCGGCUGACCCUCCCUCCCUCCCCUGCAUUCAUUGUCCCUCGGUAUUUGCAUAGGAUAGCUUUCAUACGUACGCCGGAUGUGCAUAAUAAGUGAUAACAAGUCUGUUUUUUCGUGUACCGUUUUAUUCAGGGUCCCGUGCGCCCCAAGGCCCUGUUUUUGUCCUCCUGUUUACUGUUAGGUGUUGGUUUAAUAACGAUCGAACCAGUGACUAUUUAACCUGUACCUCCAGUGCCCGUUCACGCCCUCAGCCACGUCCGAGUCUCAAUUGCAUAGUUUUUUGGGUGUUUUGUUCCACGAAGGGAGAGUGCGCGGGGAAGUCCUCCGCUAUAUGGAUGAAGGUUGUGGUUUGUUUUAUUUCGUGUGCCGCUCAGCGCUACGAGGAAUCAAGGCUUUGUUGUAUAUACGUUACUUUUCACAUCCCUUGACACUGCAGCCAUCACAUGCACCCGGAGGAAAGCGUUAAAAUCGAAAAAAAAAAAAAAUGAAUACUGCCAUGCGAGUUGGGAUUAAAAGUACAAGGACACGAGAAGAAUUGAGGCUAAAAGGGUAACAGAGUAAUGGAAAAACUGACACGUAGAUUUGAGAUAAGGGAGACUAGCACAAAAAUCAUAAAAUAUAGUGAUGUUAAUAUACGAGUUGGAGACGAGAUUAAAAAGAGUGAUAAAAGACUAGCUAGAUAUUUAUGUAGAUUUGUUAAGAGAUAACUUUAACCCGACAGGAAGGCAAAAAAAGCACUGAAGAGCGAUGAAAAGAGAAACAUCGCUAAGCAAGUUGAAAUUAAUAUUAAAGAGUGAAAAAGAUAGACAACACAGAUUCACUGAUACACCAUUACGUCGAUACUAAAGCCAAAAAGAGCUAAAUAUGUGGUUGAGAAUUAAUACGAGUAUGGAAUUACGAUUAAAAGAGUAAUUACAGAAUAGACCAAUAUACAGAUUUGUUGAGAUUAACGUUAUACAAACACGAAGACAUUGCAUUAACCAGGGAACGCUAAGAGGCGAUACAGAUCAAUUUUAUAUUAUCUGGAUACUUGCCUCGAUCAAAGGUAGAUUAAACAACCCAAUGGAUGUAAAGGCAGAUUACUCUUCACACGAUGGUAGAGAUAAAUAAGUUUCAACCCAGUGACAACAGAAGGUACAGAUGACGCUUACAAACCCAAACCUACACCGAUCAGGUAAAGGUAGAUGAAGCUUAACGAGUAACAUAAUACCUGUACUGAGUUAAUUAAAGGUACGAUACACAUUUAAGACUAAUAAUCGCUCAGGUAAAGGGCGAUUGCACUUAUGAAUACCAUAACACCUGCAUUACUACAUUGUUAGUCAAAGAUGGUGUACACUUUUAAGACUAACGAUCGCUCAGGUGAAGGUUGAUUGCAUUGAGUUAACACCUCAUUACCUGUAUCGGUUUGGGAAAGGAUGAAAUUUUACAUAAUAUCAAGUACUUGCGUCGACCAGGUGAAGGUUAAUGAGUUUCCCUGUUACCUGAGUACCUACAUUCGUACAGGAAGAGGCGAUAUUUUCAGUGUCCUAUGAGUGUUGUGUUGUGGCGAGGCGUGAGUCUGCCCUGCUGCUGUGUCGCCUCGUGUUGCCGGCUGAGAGAAGGGUUUGGUAGGAACGCUUGUUUCGAGAUGAUGUACAGAUCUAUUCAGUAAUUUGAAGUACUAAGAAUUUCAUAGAUUUCAGUAAAGAGUUUAUUUAUUUGUUCCUUCACUUGUUUAUUUUAAAACAGAAAAUUUAGUUAUCUACUUAUAUUCAGUUAAUUGUUGUUAUUAUCGUUUUUCUAAAGGCUUAAAAUUUUGUUCAUUCUCUCUCUCUCUCUCUCUCUCUCUCUCUCUCUCUCUCUCUCUCUCUCUCUCUCUCUCUCUCUCUCUCUCUCUCUCUCUCUCUCUCAACAACCACCAUCACCACCUCCAAUAUGGCGACUUUUCAGUGUGCGCGAUGCAACCCCAACCUAACUAACCCCAGUCCCACAACCAUCAGCCCCCAACCACAAGACUUAACCCCAACCCCCCCAAAAAAGAUGUAAGGAUUGGAAAAGCUCGAAUGGUAUAUGUUGUUGCUGUUGUUGUUGUUGUUGUUGUCGCCCGGAGGUGUGUGAUUGGUAGGGGUGGGGGGGGUUCAAAGUUCAGGUGUGAAAGGUCAGGUCAAGGUCAAAGAUCAUGGUUCUAAGGGUCAACUCGGUCGGUUGUGUAAUGUUAACCUUUUCCCCUCCAGCUCUGUUUAUUGUUGUUGUUAUUCAUUAUUAUUAUUAUUAUUAUUAUUAUCAUUAUUAUUAUCAUUAUUAUUAUCAUUAAUAUUAUUAUUAUUAUUAUUAUUAUUAUCAUCAUUAUCAUUGUCGUUCUUAAUUUUUUCUUUCAUUUUCUUAAUAAAAGGAAAAUUGUCCACGGCUG